CGUUGAGAAAGGGCUACGAUUUGUCCCAGUCGUUACAGCAUGACUGAGGGAAAACGAUAUCCUUGAAAAAAAUAGUGAGCGCAAAACGUUGUUGGGGGAAGGAGACUUUUCUGCGGUGCAUCCUGUAAAUCAGUCGAAGAAUUGUAAAUCUCUUGAUUUCGUGCACAGCUGUGCAUAGAACAAGUGUGAUAAUUAGAGAAACAGCCAGAGAUCGUUUUUUUGCAGGAGGACAUCAGAGAAGAGGCAGUAUUGCAAGCGCAGAUACUGCAGGAAAAUCAAUGAUGAAACUCACGAAAAUUUGAUAUUUUUGACUUUCAAAAUAACAUACCUAGGGUACAGAACCUAGAAAUAGGAGAAACAUAGGUAUAGAGAGAGAAAGAGCACGAAAAAAAAGUGAGUAACGGAAAGCCACACGGAAACGUGAAGGACGAAAGAUAACAGCGGUGAAAGAAAAACUGACCCUCGGCGACAGCUGCGGCGAGUGCGAGUGGACUAGGGAAAAUCUAGAGAGAGAGGAAAAUCAAAAACUCAAAUAAAAUUAGCAGAGUUUUUCUAUCUCGGUGAACUUUGCUCGUAAAAGAUACGUGAAUUGUGUAGUAUAUCCUCGAACACUCCGAACUCCGUUCCUCGCCUCCCGCUGGAAUGCACGAAAUAAGAAGAUAACCGAAGACAGUUCCGUAACUGCCGAAGUCAGGAUAGGAUAAUUUGCGUUACACAUUUUCUUUUUUUUUCUCCUUCUCAGCAGUAUCAGUAGAGGUGGCAACAGCAGCAGCAGCAGCAGCAGAAUCGUUAUCAACGCAAGCAGAAAUAAAUUCCAGAUAAGUUAGCAGAACAGAAAAUAGCUAUUGUGUUUUUUUUUCAUGCUAUCCGAUACAUCUCGGUGCACUCUCCCUAGCAUCAACACUACGGUGCUGAUAGAGAUCUCUCGUGGUUUCUGCUCGGGCUCUCGCAGACACUGUCGAAGGAACUAUUCUGGGAACUGAGACGACUGCCGGAGCUCUCCCAGCCACCGGAAUCAUCCUUUUUUUUCAGAACGAAGAGACAAUCAGUGAAUGUAGUGUGCGGUAGCAUAGCCGUGACUGUGCCCUCGUCGUUCGGUCAGUUCACCUCUCGAGAUUGUGUAAGCAAAUAAAAGCGUACAGCAAGACAAACAUAUUCUCGACCUCUGACAGCAAAGGUAUCGGUAGCAUCUCCAGCGUAAGUGGGGCUUUCUAAUAGCUCACACCGACGAAGUAAUUCCGAGAAAAGCUUCCUAGUGCCAUCUGUCAACCGAAAUAAGUCGCAUAUUUCUAUCUGAACGAAUCGAAACAAGUGCGGAAAAUCAACCUCCCUCUCUAGUGGGGUUUUACGAGCAGUGAACACAAGUGGUGCCCUAUUGUAUUAGCUUCGCUUCGUUGCUCUUCGCAAGUGGAUGUGCAGUGGCAAUUAGCGAAUUAAAACAAAAGAAGUUGGAAAACAGUUUCGAGUGAAGCACGCAGCAGAAGAGCGCUACUUGGGAAAUUGGUGUCAUCGUUGUUAAAUGCUCUCUAUAGUCUUAUAGCUUUGUUUGCGAUUUCUCCAAACCAUGGAGAUCCGAGGCCUAAUCACCCGCCUGCAAGGUCCAUGCCACUUCCGACAUCUGAUACUGUGCAGUCUGGGACUCUACUCCAUCCUGGUGCAGUCGGUUCACUGCCGGCAUCAUGACAUCGGUAGUUCGGUGGCACACCAGCUAGGAUCGAAGCACUUGUCACAAUCAUCCUCGUUAUCGUCAUCCUCGCAAUCGUCGUCAUCGUUAGCUGAAGAGUCGAUACUGAAUAAAGAUUCAGGUCACGGAGAUUCUGUUCGAAUUGUAGAUGCUGAAUUAGGUACCCUAGAACGAGAACUCGCCCACAGCUCGACCACCCGCCGCCGGGGCUUGACGAGGAGAGAAUCGAGUUCAGAUGCCUCCGACAAUGACCCUCUAGUUGUAACCACAGAUAAGGGCAAAGUGCGGGGAGUUACGUUAGAAGCUCCCAGCGGAAAGAAGGUUGACGCCUGGAUGGGUAUACCUUAUGCGCAGCCCCCUGUUGGUGCGCUAAGGUUUAGACAUCCUCGGCCAGUCGAAAAGUGGGCAGGAGUUCUCAACGCCACGAAACCACCAAACUCGUGUGUCCAGAUCGUGGACACAGUGUUUGGUGAUUUUGCUGGGGCCACUAUGUGGAACGCUAAUACGCCAUUAUCGGAAGACUGUCUCUAUAUUAAUGUGGUUGUGCCGCACCCGAGACCUAAGAAUGCCGCCGUGAUGCUGUGGAUAUUUGGAGGAGGAUUCUACUCUGGUACCGCUACCCUGGAUGUUUAUGACCAUCGUACGCUGGCGUCCGAAGAGAAUGUCAUCGUCGUUUCACUCCAGUACCGCGUCGCAAGCUUAGGUUUUCUGUUUCUGGGAACUCCAGAAGCACCCGGUAAUGCUGGAUUGUUUGAUCAAAAUCUUGCCCUUAGGUGGGUUCGUGACAAUAUUCAUAGAUUUGGUGGUGAUCCUGCACGAGUCACUCUGUUCGGCGAAAGCGCCGGGGCGGUUUCCGUAUCACUACACUUACUUUCAGCACUUUCUAGGGAUCUUUUCCAGCGAGCCAUCCUUCAAAGUGGAUCUCCGACGGCACCUUGGGCCCUGGUAUCACGCGAAGAAGCUACGCUCAGAGCUCUUCGGUUAGCCGAGGCAGUUAAAUGUCCCCAUGAUGCUACGAAACUUAGCGAAACCAUUGAAUGUCUUCGCUCGAAAGAUCCAAACGUACUAGUUGACAACGAAUGGGGCACUCUAGGCAUAUGCGAAUUUCCUUUUGUUCCAGUAGUCGACGGUGCAUUCCUUGAUGAAACACCACAACGAUCACUAGCCAGCGGUCGUUUUAAGAAAACGGAUAUCCUGACUGGAAGUAACACUGAAGAGGGUUAUUAUUUCAUAAUUUACUAUCUGACGGAACUGCUCAGAAACGAAGAAGGGGUUACAGUAUCACGAGAAGAGUUCCUGCAGGCCGUCAGAGAACUGAACCCAUACGUUAACGGAGCAGCGAGACAAGCGAUUGUGUUCGAAUACACUGAUUGGAUUGAACCGGAGAAUCCGAAUAGUAAUCGAGAUGCUUUAGAUAAGAUGGUCGGCGACUAUCAGUUCACCUGUAAUGUUAAUGAAUUCGCCCUACGAUACGCGGAAGAAGGCAACGAUGUCUUCAUGUAUUUAUACACCCAUAGAAGCAAAGGUAAUCCUUGGCCUAGGUGGACUGGAGUAAUGCACGGUGACGAAAUCAAUUACGUGUUCGGCGAACCGUUGAAUCCUGCUCUCGGAUACAUAGAAGAGGAGAAAGGAUUCAGCAGAAAAAUUAUGAAGUAUUGGUCAAACUUCGCCAAGACAGGCAAUCCAAACUCGAACCCUCCUACAUCCGAUCUUCCUGAAUGGCCGAAACAUACUGCUCACGGUCGACACUACCUAGAACUAGGACUCAAUACAAGCUUCGUGGGACGAGGUCCACGAUUGCGGCAGUGUGCAUUCUGGAAGAAAUACUUGCCGCAACUAGUAGCAGCUACCUCUCAACUGGAGAUCGGAUCUUUUCCCCAGUUUGCUUCGAAUGUUCCAGCCAAUCUACAAGUAACUCCCGCGAUUAGCGUACCCUGCGAAAGCAGUGCAUCAUCCUAUCGACCCCUAUUACUUUUGAUAGUAUCUCUAGUUUUAACGACACGUUUCAAGAUAUAAAGUUCACAUUUAUGUUCAUGCUUUUUAGAUCAGUUCAGGAUAAGAUUAACGACAAACUAGAAAAAAGAGAAGCUUCAAUACUACCACUAAAACUAAUUACUGAAAUGGAACAAUAAUAUUACAUUCUGCUUAUUUUUCCACCACUGCUUUACGUCGCUCUGUAACGAACGACCCUACAAUUAGGUUUGAAUCAUUUUGUUAUAAAUAUUAAGUGAACAGAGGUGAUAUUAUUAACAUUUACUACUCAUACAAUAAACUAAAUAUUUCCUGUUAUGAAUUGUGAUGAAAUUUCGCUUUAACUACACCAGUAAAAGUUACUUAAGUUCAAACAAGAUUUUUAUAAGAUAACUAAUGAAUACAGCUGCUAGAGACAACUAGACAUUAAAUCGAAUACAGUUAUUUUGAAAAAAAGAGCGAUUUAACUAACUAGCAGAAAUGAAUCCUUUUAUAAAUUUGAAAUAAAAGUGUAAUGAUACAAUAAACCCACAUCUUAUUCUAACAAUCAACUGUUUACUUUAUCAAAAAUUGAAAAAAAAACUUUCUACUUGAGGAAAAAACUACUAUAGACUAAAAAAACAUUCAACCCAUUAAACAGAAGAUCGUCGAUGAAUGGAAUUGUAGAUGAUCGUUGCAAGAAUAGGAAACAAUAGUAAAUGUUAGAUUGCCCAAUCCUGAAAUAUAAUAAAAUUCAAUACAAGAAAGCAACACCUUCAAAGUAAUCGAAGUAUGAAAAACUGAAAACAUAUCAUUAUAUUAUGUAACUCCGUUGUAAUCUAUUGACAGAACAGAAUAAAAACAAAUGAAAUCACCCAAGUGUAGUUAAAUAUUUCUAUACAAUUUAUGGUGGCCAAUUUUAAUACGAAGAACAAAUUCGAUAGACGAAGCAUAAAAACAACAACAAACUGAUGAAGGAAAUUAAGAAAACACUAGGGAAACCACUGUUUACCAAACUUUUUAGAUGCAAGACAGAGGAUCGGUCGUAUCUUCUACACAAUAUAAAGACUAAGAUUACUCUAGAAACAACACAUUAGAAAAAAAAUGAAUAAAACCAAUGUGGUUACAGCAUCUCACGAUAACAAAAACCAAAAAAAAGAAUGUAAAACCCAAUGCGACUGUGUUUUAGGCUGCGACGUUUGGAUGUUGAAUUUCUUUGCUAGUUGCACACAUUUUCCCGUUACACUAGAAAUUAAAUGGAAUAGUGUCCUUUGGUUCUCUAAGUGCAAUCCUUCACCCAAGAAAAAAUGAAAUUUACUAUUGUGAUGAUUUCCAUGGAUGAAAUGUCAUGAAAUAGAAUAUAUAUCAAAAUUUAAUCCACUGGAAGCUCGCUCACCGCUAAACCAGGACCGCAGUUUAGUGAAUUGGUUUACUUAACCCGAAUAAAUUGUAUCCUCAACUCCUGCAUUUUUCAUUGAUUUCAGUAUGGAAUUUGAUUAUUUAUCCUUAAACAGUAUGUUACGAUAUCUGCAAUUUUUUAAUUUAAAAUUCAUCAGUUUAGUACAUUUAGUUAUGUUACAUUAUUAGAAAUUUACAUUUAAUUUUAUUUCUAAUUUUUUUCCAAAUUCAAGUUCAACUCUAGCUGUUUUUGAGAACUCAAAACAAAGCCUUAAAUUGAUUUUAUUGAAAUUGAUUUUUUUGCUGGUUAGAGAUUUGUAUAAGUAAUUCCUAAGCUAUCACGAUAACAGGCGUACGAACCUAUUUUUCAAAGCAUGUAAGAAAUUCAUCUGAACUUGUGAAAAAUCAAUAAUUGGUAGCAAUUAAUCUUCAGUAAACUUCGAGUGAGCCCGAAAUUUAUUAUAAGUACUUGCGUUCUAGUUUGCAUACAAUGAUACACACUUAAAACCUAUUCUCGAGCUCAGUUCAGUAAAGUGCCAAAUGAGAACGACAACACGAAAUUAAAUUUUUGUUGUAUAGUUUUCUGUUUCACCUCGGUUUUAACCAAGAGUUUUUUCAUCGAGGGCCCAACGUGUUAGAGAAUGAGAGAACCAUGAAAGAUAAGUUUUAUUCCGAGAUUUGUUAAUUUUUACUGAUAAUUCGGCAAAGACGAACUUUACCCAAAUAAGGCAUAACAAUAUUCAGCAUUAAAUAACACAUAUGUCGAUAACAGCAACUGUCUUUGCUAAGAUUUCGUUUAUUUGAGCUAGCUUUUGUCAUUUAUUGCUGAUUCCGCAUCGCAACACCAUUUUUCGGAAUACAUAAAUUGCUCGUUCGAUAACACAGCCGAAGAAAUAUCAACGAUCGUUUGAGUAAGUGCAAUUAAAACUAAGGUUUGCACUAUUCUUAUCUACUUUGGAGAGCUUUUAUCAAGUACAAGAGUUGAUUAGUAAUGGGAGCAACUAUUUCAACCUUGUUGAUGUUUUAAAUAUUGGAUUCUCGAAUAUAAUUCAUUUUCAGAAUUCAACCUGUCAAAAAACCUAUCAAUUUCCUUUUUGGUAAUUAUUUCGUGCAAUAUUGAUUUAAACUCAAGUACUUAUGACUCGAUAAUUCAUGACCUUAUACCUGGUCACAUAACGAAGUAUAUAGCACUUGGCUUUGCAAAUAUCGAUGACUUUUUUGUAGAUAUUCCGCAUUGAAAUUUAAGUGUGUAAUCUAUGCAAGCAAAAAUGUUUGCAACAAUGAUUUGUUAUGCAUUGUCACUUGAAUGCUUUGCUCAAGACUUAUGAAGAAUUUCGUUCUGUUUCCAAUGUCAGUUUUCUGUGGUUAAAUUUACUUGUUUGCAUGAGUAACCCAGCUGGUUUUGCUUUUUUCAAUAAUGACUGGUUUCCUAGGAUUUAAAUUUGCACCUUCAAACAUUCUACGCAAAGUUGUAACACGAAUAACCAACGCACUAGUUCAUUUUAUGUACAUAAAUUUACACACCUUUCGAAAAGACUAGAACAAAAGAUUUCAAAAGUUGGUAUAUAUUUUAGCCAUUUCAUUUUGUUCAGUUAUUGCAAACAUCUUCAACCUACGAUUGGAACUUUGAACUUCUCGCAUGAAUUCCACAUCUGAAAAACACGCAUUUUAAUCUCAUGUCGUUUGGACCCGUUGAGCAACCCGUGUAGAAUGAGUGCGUAAAUGCUCCUAAAAUGCAUGUACAAAGUUGCCUACGCAUUUAACACAACCACAGUAGCUAAUGGAAAAAAGUACACCCGUUUCUCACUAAAAGCGCUGUUAGGUUGCUGUCAGGGUGAAAGCGUAACGCGAAGCGUCUAGGCGCGCGUGCGAGCUAGUUGCGUUUGAUCAAAGUAAUCCUGUCAGAGUGAAUGCGAUGCGAAAACAGUACAUCGCAUUGAAUCGCUUCGCUUCGGUCCGCGUUCCGCACUCACUCUGACAUCAACCCUAGUGUCUCCGUACAAUGCGAAUCUAUGUUUAUUUGAUUUAUGCAGAAAGUCAACUGCUCUGCUCAAAGAUGUCAGGUGACAUUUUCAAAUAUUUGCAGACAGUGUUGCUAAUGUCUGCGAGACACGUAAUUUCCAAAGGUCUGCCACAAAGACAUGUCUGGAGCUUAUUUACGAAAUCUGCUAAUUUACAGAUAAAUCUGCAGACCUGGCAUCUCUGGCUCUGAUUAGACAGAACUUUGACGUCUAUCCCACAUUAUCAGUUCAACCAAUUCCGGACCCUAUUCUUAGUUUGAUGGAUAGAAAGUCAUUUGGGAUCAUUUUGCACUGAAAAAAUAAAGACAACUAGUGGUAUAGUAAUUACAAUGUAUUGAACGUAAGAACAUCGAGAAAAACUUAUGUCGUUUGACAAUGUAUUGAAACUUUUUAUUGGAGUAUUUUCUAUUGCUGAAAGUAUCAACAGGAAUUAUAUAGAAGUAAUUUUUACAAAAGCUCUAGAAUUUACCAAAAUUUACGUAAUUGCCGCACAUCAGUAGUGAAAAGUGAUGUGCAGCUAUUUUGAUAUAAUAUCACAAAUGUGUUUGUAUCGUUUUAAAGGUUGUAAUUUUACAUAAAUUCCUAUUAGAAUCGUAUAUAGUAUUCAGUCAAGCUGAUGAUUUCUACUCAAUACGUUGUUUCAGUGUAAUAACUUGUGAUAUAUUUGCAAUAUUUCUCAAAAACAGAAAAUCGCAUUCUUUGUGUAAUCGAAAAUUUGAGCAGGCAUCUCUGCUAUUAUUUGGCAAGAAUUUUUGUGCAAAAAAGUGUGACUAACAAACUCCAUAAGAAAUCCAGCUUAGAAAUCAAUUUGCAAUAUAAUAUAAAAUUGCUUGCUGCACAGCAGAGAUGCCAGGUAAAAAUUUCAAAUAUCUGCAGACAGGGUCUGUAAAUCUGAAAAAAAAAAAUCUGCAGUAAGCAAAUGUCUUGCUGGCAGCAAUUUCUCUAUAAAGUAUGACACGCAAAACUGACUUGGCGAGCAAAAAAAAAAAAGUCGCGGAAAUUUCAUAAGUCUGUAAAUAUAGACGAAAGUCUGCGAGAAUUUCAAAAGUCUGUAAAAGUCUGCGAGAAUUUCAAAAGUCUGCAAAAGUCUGCACAACAAAAAAUGUCUGCAGCACUAUACCCCAAAUCUGCAGAUUUACAGACAAAUCUGCAAACCUGGCAUCUCUGCUGCACAGACCCGUGCGUGAUGGUAGUUCUACACGCUCAUUGAACAUAACUCAUGGUUUGAGUUGCGAUUAAUCAAAUUCAUAAACUGAAACAAACAAAAUUUGAGAAUGGAUUUGAUUGAAAUUUACUCAGGCCAUGAUUUUUCUCGCACUUAUUCAUACAGUAGAGUGUUGAGUUGUCAAACCUUUGAGUGAAAAAAAAAUUCUAGCGGUUCAGUCGGUUUUCAUUCUCGAAAUAUACUUAUCGAAUUUAAGAAUUCAAGAAUACGUCGUUUUUCCUUGCCGUUUCUAAAUCUGGUUUUUGAAACUAUAAAUCGUGAAUCAUUUCAUCAAUAGAAUUUUGGUUGUUUCAGUUAUGCUAAAAGAGAAGUACAACAUAAGGAUAUCAAAGUCGCUAAAUUUCGACUCCAAACAGGCCAAAAGGAAACAAUUUUAAAUAUCUUUUUGGGCUUCCUAUUUAAAAGAACGAAGAAUGAUUUUUGUAUAUAAACAUUGACGAAUAACAAUGUUUUUUUUUUAGUUCAACAAUCUCCAGUUUUGAGUUAAACUUACUCAAAUUUUGAAAAAUAUUUUUUUUCCUUAUUUUGAAUAUAAAAUAUUCAAAUUUUGACGGCUUCGUACCUUAACUAAAAUAAGUAAAUAGGUGGUAACUCAAGUUUAAAGAAUGUGCACUUUCUAUGAAUUUGAGUGGUGUGUCACUCAGUUUUUAGUUAUGUUCAAUGAGGGUGUAGUUUCUUACAAAUACCCCAAUAUACUAUCGUCACCAACAACUGCCAGCGAAAAGACGAUAGAAGACGGGUGAAUGGUUUACUCAUGGUUUGAGUUGCGAUUACUCAAAUUCAUAAACUGGAACAAUGUGUCAAAAAUUGAGAAUGGAUUUGAGUAAAAUAAACUCGUUGCCAUGAGUUCUCUCGCAAUUAUUCAUACAUUAGAGUAAGCGUUGAGUUUUUAAACAUUUGAGUGAAAAAAAUACUUCUUGCAGUUCAGUGCGUUUUCAUUCUUGGAAUAUUCUUAUUGAAAUAAAGAAUGCAAGAAUACGUCGUUUUUCAUUGCCGUUUCUAGAUCCGGUUUUAAAAACAUGAAUCAACGUCAAUCAUAAAUGUUUUGUGGUUUCAAUUAUGCUUAGUGAAAAGCGCAACAUAAGGAUUUCAAAACAAUUCAAUUUGUACUCCAAACCUUUCAAAAGGAAACGGUUUUGAAUCACUACUUUGCGCAUUCAAAAACAAGAAGAAUAACUUUGUAUAUGAAAAUUAACGAAGAAAACUUUCUUCAUUUUGAGAGCAAGGAACUCAAAUUUUGAGUAGAACUUACUCAAAUUUUGAACAAAAUAUUGUUUUCUUAUUUUGAGUAAAAAUUACUCAAGUUUUGACAGUUUCGUUCCUUAACGCAAAAAUGAGUAGAUAGCUGGUAACUCAAGAUUAGAGUACGUGCUCUUUUUAUGAAUUUGAGUGAUGUGUCACUCAAUUUUGAGAUAUGUUCAAUGAGAGUGUAAUUUUCCUUAUCAAAAUAUCGCUUUCCGUAGAUAUCCUUAGACAUAUUCUAACAAUAUUCCGGAUUCCGGAUCCAUACAUCUUUAGAAAAUCUCAGAAUUCGCAGAUCUACGUAGAUUUCCGUAGAUCUGCCAUCACAGGCUACUAGUCUGUUGAAACAGUGGGUCAAAUUCUACGAAAGGAAUAUAAUACAAAGGCUUUGGCUCUUUGUUGGACCUGGUACACGGAGAAAAAAAAACUUUGUGAAAACAAUUAAAUUCCGGGUAGUUCUAACGAUUUUUUGUUGUUUCUACGGUGACAAUAACAAUUCUGGUUCGAUUAGCAACCAACAUUUGUUAGGAAUAAUCAUAUUCUAGUUUAAAGCAAACAUACUUUGAUUAAACCUGUGAUAUCUCGGUUUGAAACAACAAUUUUUUUGAUUUGUAGAGCAAUAAAUCGUUUUGUUGGCUUGGGAUUUUUCUGCGGAUACGGUUGAAUCAGGAAGUAAUUUCUUUUGUCUCACAGUGCAUUGACGAAUCGAACAGGCGUGUUUACCAUAAGAUAGCAGGAUGGUGAUACGUUUGACAUAUACCAUGAACUCUGAAAAGUUUUAGACAUUUUUUUCUAAUUACUUGAACUUGGAGAUUCCAGGUGGUGAAACCUUACAAACGCCAUUAACGUAUGAUUUAAAACUACGCUAUUUGAAAAUCUCGAAUGAAAUUUGAUAUUAUUUUUAAACAUGUGUAGCCAGUCGAUUAAAUUUUUAGCCUAAUUAAUCAGUUAUAGUCUCUAAAUCCAAUCAUAAAAUCUAAAAUUUUCCCACUUCUUCCAAUAUAACUUUUUUUCAUAAGCAUUAAUCAAGCAUACCACGAAACGUCACUGAAGCAAUAAUGAUCAAGUUUUUACUAAAUGUUAACAUAUUUUUGUAUGUUACUUUUCGAUUCAUGAGAUUUGAAGUUUUGAAAAGUUUCUUAUCAAAUCUUUAGAAAAAAUCGGAAAAUUUUGCUUGAAGAUUUGAAAAAGUAUGCUGGUUUUCUUUAUGUUUAUUCUCAUUAAUCGAAUACUAACAUACAGAAACAUGUGAACAUUUGGUUAGAAACACUGCUUGAUCAUUCCCGGUAUGUCCGAUAAAUAUUUAUGAAGACAUUGAGAAAAGAAACAUCAAAAUCCAAGAAGUAAGGAUGGGUGCUGUUUAUAAAUCUGGAAAGUUUUGAGUUUUCAUGGUUGAUUUUAGAGAAUAAUUUAUAAAUUAUGAUCGAUUUUAUUUAUCGAUUGGUUUCGUCUGUUUGAACGUGGUUUGUCAUUAUUAUCAAAUUUGUAUGUAAAUUAUUUUGGAUUCCUCAAUAGAGAACUUAGUGUCUCAAACAUAUUUGCUAAUCAUUCGUUGUAAGUGAUGAGCUCAGUUAUUGAGAUCAGUGCCUGAAAAAUACAUCGAGCGUUAUCAAUAUUAAUCAAAAUUUCUGGAAAUACUGUUACCUCCAUUGAUUCUUGAGACUUUUAUUUCCGAUACAUGCAGUUGUAUAAAAUAGAGUAUUUGAUAAAACUACUCAGUACUAAUUAUUCAAGGGUCAGCAACAUAUUUAAAUUUUUGUUCUGUGGUUCCGAAGAGCACAUUCGGAAAUAUGGUUCAUUGAAUAGUUAAGAUAGCGACUUACAAGAUCAAUCCUACCAGCAUUAGAAUUCGAAAACUUGAAUGUUAACUUUGCUUUAUUUGAACUACAUGGAAGCUUUCGAAACAAAAUUCUGCAUCAUUUUUACGAGACUGAUGUUUUUUUCUCAUUUUUCAUAGUCAAUUGUUUCGUUUCAACAAACGUAUUUCAUUUUCGGUUUUCCUUCGAUGGCAGAGAGUUUUCAUAUGUUUCAGUAAAUUUCGCACGAGUGUACUUAGAAUUAGAUCGCGGUAGUGCAACUUUAAAACUGUUAAACUCAGCGUGUAUCUGAAGUAGUAUGUGGAAUUCAAAAAUUCUGGAUGAUUUUCUCGCUUCUAAAAGAAGAUCGCUGUGCGUUACUGAACUGACGAUUUACAUGUAAUAAUCAAUGAAGUUACUGAAAUCUUACUACUUUAUUGGAAGAAAUAAAAUGUUAAAAUUUAAAAAAGGAACAACAACCAGUGUCAAGUUAUCAAUAAUUAGCCUUUCAAUCAGUGUAUAUUUAACUUGGCCAUGUUAAGUCUAGUAAUAUUUAUAAUCUCAAACCGUAAACUUUAUGCAGAUCCUAUGGAAACUCUCCCAAAAGCACACCAAGAUUUCAGUUUUUGAGCGGCUUCCGGUGCACACGGACCAAUUUUCGAACAAUAUAAGCUAAACCUGUGAAAGAUCUGUGAGCUGAUUGUGUGAAUAAAACGCGAAUCAAUAUACAACUAAUUAAACUGCAAGUGCAAUGCUGAAAUUUAGCGCUUCAAAGCAAUCGAAAAUUUGUUUUGUUACUAUCCUAGUAGUUUGUACUGAAGAGUAAGCCUUUGCCGUUCGGUUUGCAUUCGCUAGCUUAGAGCUUAGAGUUGAUGUAAUGCUUAACAAUCGAAACAAACAGUAUCUCAAUACACCAUUUACCCGCUGACGAAGAAUCCGCUAGGAAAGAUGGUAAAAAGUACAAAACUCAAAACACCUUCGUAAAUUAGUAUCAAAUCAACGUGGUUUAGAUAAUUGGCUGAAAGAAAAAAAAGUAAAAAUAUAGAACACAGAUUCUACACUAGGCAUGUAAACUUCUAUGUCCCGUAGAGUUCGGGGAGGGAACCCCCAGAAUAAGAGAACUAAAGUUUCAGGAAAAAUUGAAGCGUUCAAAUGCGAAAAGUAUUGCCGUAUGUUUUCUGUAGUUGUAGUACCCGAGAGUAAGAUUUUUAGCACCCACAAAUCAAUUUGUCAAACAAAUGAAAAAUUACUUGAAUAAAAACGGAAUCAACGAUUGCUAAAAUAAUAAUUAAUGAUGAAACUAUAGUAUAAGUUGAGCAUAAGUCAAUAAACACCGUUUAAGUAAUGAACAAAAACACUAAAUGAAUACAAUAGCUUAGCUAAGUAACAGAUAAGAGAAGAGAAGAAAAGGGGUUGAGAAUGAAAAAUGUUCAUAAUACAUAUCAUUUAAUCUUAGAAUGUAUAAUCGUUUUAGGAAAACAUAUUUUUAAAAAUGACAAACAUAACCUAUCAACAAAUAGCGGAGAUGUGAAACUAUCAAAACACGUCAUAUAAAUAUGAAUAGCUGAAGACACGCUUCUCUAUGCCAAUAUGAAGCACAGCAGUUGUGCAUCGAAACCAAGAAAAAUCACUUCAUAUUUUGCACUGUCAAUAGUAGCUUUAAAUUUUCAGUUUAUCGUUUUAGCUCCAUUUUUAAGUUUUCUGAAUUUGUUCCAAGAUCUACCUGUAGUUAUUCAUGCCAAUCAAGUUAUUUCUGUCCAAUACCAAAAUGGACUGCGUUUAUUUCACACUAAGCCAAACCACAAUGUUCUAUGUGAUCAGUAGUUACUAUGCAAUCUCAUCACGCAAAAUACCACACACUAGGUUUCGUUUACUACUUAGGUAACUACUUUUUGGCAUUAUUGUAUAUCGUUAAGCCAUUGCGCCUAGUUCGCCUAGUAGCAAUAUGAUGUACCAAUAACUAAAAAUAAGUUUAUUAUACUCUACCGACAUGUAUUUGGCCUAACAACAAUAAACAAGUCGUCUUCAAAUCCUCUUUCAGACACAUACACAAACACAAACACACACUCACAAGUAUAAUCUUCAAUCAAGCUUCGAUUAAGUAGAAAUGAUGAAUUUUAUAAGAAAAUCGAAAAUAAUCUAAUCUUUCCCUUCUACUUGCACAACACAACACUCAAAUAUAUAGCGACAUUAUUAAAUUCCAUGGUAAUGCGCAAGAAAAAGACGAACACAAGAAAUGUACGGGCUAUAAAUGCGAGCAAAAUGUUAAGUAACUAAUAAAGUGAAAAUCAAUAACAUUUGAUUGAAUUGAAGCAAA